UUGUAGACUCUCUCACUCUUGAAGAUAUUUCUACUGCAUUUCUAGGUCAUGUUGCGAUCCUGCUGUUUCGGCCGCCGAAUUGGCGAUGGCUUGCUCUGGCACUCUGCAUUGAAGCCCCACGCCUCCGGAGAAUUCUCGAUCGCCGUCGCGCAGGCCAAUUCUAACCUAGAGGAUCAGAGCCAGGUCUACACCUCGCCCUCCGCCACCUAUGUCGGAGUUUACGACGGCCACGGCGGUCCCGAAGCCUCUCGAUUCGUCAACCACCACCUCUUCCUUCAUCUCCAAAAAUUUUCCAAGGAGCAAGGAGGACUGUCGACAGAUGUAAUAAAGAGGGCUUUCAACGCAGCUGAAGAGGAUUUUACUCGUUUAGUGAAGAUAUCAUUGCCAACCAAUCCGAAGAUUGCUUCAGUUGGGUCGUGCUGCCUGGUCGGUGCAAUUUCAGACGGUAAAUUGUAUGUUGCAAACUUGGGAGAUUCAAGAGCUGUUCUUGGCCGUAGAGGUUUUGAUGGGGAGAAUAAUUUCGUGUCCGAGAGGCUGUCCACAGAUCAUAAUGUUUCCUCCCAAGAUGUUAGGAGGGAGGUUGAAGCACUUCAUCCUGAUGAUGCACCUGUUGUGGUUUAUUGUCGAGGAGUUUGGAGAAUCAAGGGAAUUAUUCAGGUAUCUAGAUCCAUUGGUGAUGUCUAUUUGAAAAAGCCCGAGUUUCAUAGAGACCCGAUUUUCCAGCAAUACGGGAAUUAUGUCCCCACGAAGCGACCACUUAUGUCAGCUGAACCUUCUAUUGUAACCAGAAAGUUGAGACAAGAAGAUAAGUUUGUCAUUUUCGCCUCUGAUGGUCUGUGGGAGCAACUCAGCGAUGAUGGAGCUGUUCAAAUAGUUUCUAAGUACCCAAGAGCUGGAAUAGCCAAGAGAUUGGUUGCAGCUGCCAUUCAGGAAGCAGCAAAGAAGAGAGAAGUGAGGUACAAGGAUAUCAAGAAGAUCGAGAGGGGAGUCAGGAGGCAUUUUCAUGAUGACAUUACUGUAAUUGUGAUUUACCUUGAUCACCAAAAGCAUAAGCAAGGUGCAGUUGGCUCUACUAUUCCACCUAUUGAUAUCUAUUCCCAUAACUCAGAUGAAGCCAUGGGAAGUUCCGGCGACAAGAUUUUUCCCAAUGAAGAAUCGCAAGCAAAAGUAUCAUACUGAUUACUGGAAAAAAGGGUUAUGUUGUAUAGAGGUUUGGUGUAGAUAAAUUAGUGGAUACAAGGAUUAUAGCUAAUUUUGAAGCGUGGGUUGUAACCUCAAAUACACUCUUUUCUUUCUUCUGAAAUCAGUUAUGGUUAUCGUUUUUGCUGUCA